CUGAAGGGAGCUAUCGAGAAACCAUGUCAAAGAUAAAUUUAGAGCUCUGUUAUGGAGCACCUACAGACUCUUAAUUUGCUGCCAAUUUUGGCUCUGGCGAGUUUGUUCAUCAAUAUAAGUGGAUCGAUUUCUCUUCGCCCAGUGCUGACUGGUCCUGACAGGGCUUACAUCGGCUCCAGGGUGGCUUUCCGAUGUAUUGUACCUGACUCCUCUCUGCCGGUCACCUACGAGCUGAUGGGGGACGGCGGUGUCCUGAUCGACACAGUCGCUGAUCUCGAAGGGGACCAACCCGCCUCAUUCUACCUGAAGGUUGCUGCAACAUCGGAGGGUUCAUACCACUGCCAGGCGACGACACCAGGAGGAAGCACAGGAGUCAGCAACACCAUGAAGCUGACUGUAGUCACUCCAGCAUCAAACACCAGGUUGACCUCUGAACCCUUCCCCCCAAUCGCGUACGAGGGCUCACGCAUCGAACUGAGCUGCAACGUCUCAAAGGGCUCCCACCUUUCCUACACCUGGUUUUUCAACAGGAAGGAAGUAACAUCUUCAACCUCUCCCCUCCUUCACCUCACUGGGAACAAGCUGGUGAUGGAGAAGGUGACUCCAGAGCAUGCUGGGUACUAUUCUUGUAUGGCUUGGUCCUGGGUGCAGGGCACCAGGAGGUUUUCCAGCAGCUUUGAGGUCCAGGUGAUGGUCAAAGUCUACGUUUCAAAACCAAGAAUCUCUUUCUCCAUCUUCAAAGAGGGAGCCAGUCUCCGUGGCAAUGUGACUUGCUGGUCAACAAGAGGGAGUCCUCCGGUCAACAUCUCUCUUUCACUAGAUGACAAAUUAGUGGGAUCUGUCACGGCUACUGAAUCCCUCGCUGCCUGGUUCCCCGUCACCAUGGUACCCGGGCAGGACAUGGGUGUGGCUCGAUGUUGGGUGAUUACUGAUGUGCAGGAGUUUAUGAGUGAGCCUGUGACUCUGGAAGUGGUCCCAGUCGGAGGUGAUGUGAAAGUGGAGGUUGAAUAUCUCUACAGCGCUGACUCCAGACUGGCCGCCGCCAGGCUGAGCUGUCAACUCAGCAGAGGAACUUUCCCUUACGUCUCCUGGCUCUUGAACGACUCUGUCCUUCCCUCUGAGACACAUGUGGACUCCCAUACUCAGCCCGUCCUGUCUCACUACGCCCUGACUGACCUCAGACGAACCCUCGUUCUGGCCCAGCUCGGCCCAGAGCAGUCUGGGUAUUACCGCUGCAGGGUCAGGGACAGCUACAAUGACUCUGGGCCCUGGGUGGAGAGUGAAGCCGUGCUGGUCCGAGUCGCAGAGGUUUUCUUUAACACCAUAGAGGUCCUGACCAUAGCGUUCUGCUGCUUCCUUUUCCUGACGUUGGCAGUGGGUGUAGGCUGUGUGUGCAACAUGUUUGACCACAAGCAAGCUAAUUCCUACAUUGCUACAACAAAUCCUGAUACACUUCCUCUGCCUGCACCCACGUCCCAGUCAGGAGGCAAACAGGAGGAUACAUUUACGUUGACAGACUAUGACGUUCAGAAUCAGACCGUAGAGAUCACAGUGUACGGCAUUUAUGACUUCAAGUUGCUUAUAAGAAACAUUCACUUAAAAAGAGUGAGAGGGGUGUGCUACUGUAGCGAGGCGAGCAGUCAGUCAGUUCUGGGGCGUCCAGAACUUUUUAGCCCUUCAGAGGCUUUGGUGAAAUCUGUUGUAGAUUUUCGGUGUGAACUGAAAAUCUACCCGGAAAAUGAACCUAUCCUGCUGCAGUUAUACAAGGAAGGUAACCGUGACAAGUUGUUGGGCGAGUACAGUUCCCUGAAUGGUGAAGUUGCAAUAAUCCCCAAGUCCAUCAAACCUGAACAUGAGGGCAGCCUGGAGUGUGUGGCCAAGGCACAGAACAACUCCAACAUAGAGCCCACUGUCAGCAACACACACUACCUGAAGGUUAUUGAACCAGUGAAAGGUGCAGAGAUUGACGUCAGUUCAGGUCCAGUGGAGUUCUUUGAGGGGAAGACACUGGAGCUAGGCUGUAAACUCACCGCUGGGAAUUAUGUGUCCUACAAGUGGAUGCUGAAUGGUCAGCCUGUCUCUCAGUCUCCUCUCCACCAUGCUGCAGAUGACCGUCUCUGGAUCAACAGAACUACUUCUAGAGACAGCGGCUCCUACGAGUGUGUCGCCACCAACCGCUUCAACAAAACCGUCUUCAACGCCAGCAGCUUUGUAGUAAUCACAGUCAAAGACGUGGUGUCAAUCCCAGACAUUUCCUUCACCGUGUUAAAGGAAGAUUCCCACAACUAUUCUGCCGUGAUCAGCUGUCAGUCAACAAAAGGGACUCCGCCUGUCACCUUUUCACUAUACAACAGGACCGAAUUUGUUGCCAAUACGACGGUUGGAGAGAGAAACGCCAUGUUUAAGGUUCCGCUGAUCUUGGGCCAGCACUUGGGAUGGCUGCAGUGCCAGGCAAACAAUGGAGACCAGAUCGAAUACAGUCAAUUGAUCCCCCUAGAAGUUGUCCCGGUUGGUGGGCCUGUGAUGAUGCAUUACGACUAUGACGUUGGAGAAAACUACGCUGUGAUCAGCGUGAGGUUCUACUGCAAGACAGCGAAGGGGUCUCUUCCACGGUACCGGUGGUUCCUCAACAAAACCCUCCUACACGAGCGAGGAAGCUUCUACCACGUGGUCAACCAGCCUCCAGAACAGUCUAUACUCCUGCUGUCUGUAGGGAGCAGCAGCGCUGGAACGUACCACUGUGAAGUGUCAGACCGCUUUGACAACACCACCGCCAUAAGCAGCAAGAGGCUGUAUCUGGAUAAAGAAGUGCUGAAUCGUCUCCCCGUCUUGACGGUGGCAGUUGUCUUUGGAUGCUUCACAGCCCUGGUUCUCCUGGUCUCCAUUUGUUGUUGCGUUGGAGCGAUGUUCAGGCAAAGGCAGUAUGGAGAGAAGUCUGUGUCGAGCUUGGAGAUGGAGGGAAUGGCAGCUGCAUAUGAGGAUGAGGAUGAGGAUGAGGAUGAGGAUGAAGAUGACAUGGACUUGUCAGAGUACAAUGAGGAUGCUGAUGUAGUGAAGAUGGCCAGAGGUGGUGAAUUUGAUCAGGCGUCUGAAGCCUCUGUAGACGAAUGGCCCCAAAUUGAGAAAGAGAAGAAGACGUUGGAGGAUGAACCAGUUGAGGGACCCUGACGGUUCAAACCGUUAGAAACACAGGCUGUUGUGGUUAAAUAAACAUCUGCUCGGGA